CGCGGCUGCCAAGGUAUUUAAGGUACCGUGAACCGGCGGCGCACGAGUAGUUCACUUCUGUUCGGUGCGGUGUCGCGGUGAUUUUGAGGGGACAGAAGAGAAAGAAAGGGAGAAAGAAGAAACAGGGGACCAGGGAAAAACGGGAGAAAAGAACGGCGCUCGGGACUCGCACAUCGCUCGAUCUUCGAGGGUGCGAGAGACCAGCCAAAGAAAUAAGAAUUUCGGUGUGCAACUUGGAUCCUUGUUAAAAAAAAAAAAAAAAAAGAAAAGAAAAGAAAACGAUAGUUAACGAUAGUUUGUCGAUCGGUAGUUUUUAGAUCGCGAUCUGCCGAACCCGUGAUCACCACGGGACGUCCCCGUCGAGAGACGUUACGCUAUCCUUUCGAAGAGUGAGACCGAAGGUUCAUCGACUCUAAUAAUAGUUCCACGGGAAGAUCUCGAAGUACGAUUAUAACCGCGACACGUAAAGAAUUUUCGAAUCGAAUCGAAACCGGCCACGCGUCCAUCCGGAAGAACACGUCGCCGGACAGGAUCGUCAGGGUCGUCUGCCGUUGACGACCAUCCUGGAUAGGAAACGGAAAAAGGUUGCCGACAUGUCGGCCUUGAACGCCGGGCCUUGUCGACCCGGGAUUAUACUCUGUUUGGCUGUUCUACUGGCAUCGCAAUCCAAUUCUGCGCCCGUAUAUGACCAGGAUACCACACAAGUAGCAGAAUACGAUGGAACCACAGCUGGAUGCUACUAUAACUUUCAACACUACGCGGAGGGCGCUAGAAUCAUAACGAACGAGCCAUGCCUGAAUUGCACGUGUCACAAUCGAAUGCUGAUGUGUUACUUGAGGGUUUGUCCCUUCACCAAGGCGAUUGGCCAAGACUGCACGGUUGAAAAACGCCCGGAUCAGUGUUGUCCUGUCAUAACCUGCCCAGAAGUGCCGGUACAACUGUUGACCUCGACUACUAGCGCGCCAGCAAUUUCCGGUUCUACAGCGAUCGGUUUCCACGACAAUUAUGGAUGCAAUGUUGACGAUCGGUUCUACGCGGAUGGUGCCCAAUUACCUACCGACCCUCAGAAUCCUUGCGAACUCUGCUACUGUAUCAGGAAUAGGACUACUUGCGUCAUGCAGGAAUGUACUUUACGUGUGGCUGGAUGCAGGCCUGUUUAUCAACCGGGAAUUUGUUGUCCUGUCAAAUAUAAUUGCGAAUACGACGAGGAACUCGCCACGACGGUUGAACCAACGCCCGGUCUAAUUAUGACUACCACGAUGGCCCCAGGAGCAACACCGCAGUGCUACCACGAAGGAAAAGUUUACGAGGACGGUGACUUGAUCUACUCGACCCAGCCCUGUCAGCAUUGCUAUUGUUUCCGCGGUGACAUCGCAUGCGCUGUGCAAGAUUGCGGAACACCGAUGAAAACUCAUGGAAAGAAUUGCACAGCCUUACCACCGCCGGAAGGAGAGUGUUGCCCGACUACGUAUCAGUGUGAAGAAGAUGGACAUGGUGGACUCGUUACAUUACCUAGAGGCGAGGAAUCAUCUACUGAGGAACGCGUUCCAGAGACUACAGUUGCAACUGUGACAACAGCUGAGAAAGAAGCACUGCAUCCUGAAACAACAGAAGAGACCUUCCCAGGUUCUGACAACGUCAUUCCUCAAGAUCACGAAACUGUAACCACUCAAGCGCCAGUUGAAAGCGAGCCGUCUACAGAAGAACCCAAAAAAGAAGUUCCUUCUCUGGAAGAAACCGCUGCUCCAGAAACUCCAACAACUCAAAAAGAAACUGAAGGUACUGUAGCAGUGACAGAAGCAUCUAGCGCAGCACCAAAAUUAACUGAAUCUCCCGAGGGAACAAAGGCCGAAGCGACGGAAGCACCAUCCGUAGAAGAAAAGGGCGAAGAAAUGGUUACUACACCUGCAGAAGAAACUACUCGAGAAGUCACCGAAAUAUCAGUUCCAGAAGAAGUACCAGAAUCGUCACCAAAACUGGAAACUACGCCGCAAGAGGUAACUACGGCAAGAGGGGAAGAAAGACCAGAGGUAGUUACUGAACAAGCAAUACCAGAAGAAACACAAACUGAAAGUAAACUGCCUGAAGAAACACAACCUGAAUUGCCAAGCGAAGAGAAACCAACGAAAGAAAGUGUGACUGUUUCGGAGAAAGAACCAAGUGUUACUGAAGAGACAGUACCUACAGAGGAGCAUCUAGUGGAAGAAGCUAAGAUGCCUACGCAAGCACCAGAGGUUCCAAGCGAAGCACCAGAAGUUCUCAGCGAAGAAAAGGGAACAUCUCCAGUUUAUGCGACAACAGUUAAAACAUUGGGCGAAGGGGAAGUAACUGAAGCAGUCAAAAAGACUGAAACUCCUGCCACUGAAUCAGAACAGGGACUGUCUACAGAGGCACCCAUUGAAGAGAAACCGGAAGAAGCCGCAACACCUGAGACUGAAGUAACAACUGAGAAACCUAUUGAAGAGGUUCCAAGCACAGAACAAGUUCCCCAACAACCUGAGCAAGUUCUCGAAGAAGAAAAGGAGAAACCAAUGGAAGUGAGCACGGAGCAAUUACCUACAGAAGAGCCUGCAGCGCCAGUAGAACACGGUGCAGAAGCAAAACCUACAGAAGUACCAGUAGAAGAGAAACCAGAACAACCAGUAUUUGGACACAAGGUUCCUGAAAUGCCUGGUCUGGCUCCCAAGAAAGAAGAUAUGAUUCCUCCUGAAGUACCGGAAACUAGUGAGCAUCCAGCUGUAACAGAAGAGUACCACAUGGAAGAGGAAGCUCCUAUAAUUCCAGAACGUGGUCCACCAGGUAUCUCGAUUACGGAACGUGUACCAGAGAGCAAAGCAGAAGAUAAGGAUGCAGUAACCGAAAUUUACGUUACGGAAGGUUAUGUUGACAUGAAGCCACCAGAGUUCCAUGUACCAAGCAGUCUCGUAACUGAAGCACCUGAACAGAAAGGUUCGUCCAUGUAUGUACCUACAAUUUACGAAACAACGAUUGCUCCUAAACAAGAAGCUGUUCCUAUAGAAGAAGGAACUACGGCGGAAGCGCAAUUGCCCGAAGAAGGGCCUUCGUCCACCUCGAUUGCGCCAGAAAAGACUACAGAAGGUGUUCCUCCGGUUACGGAAGCUGGUGAAGUUCCGGGUGAAGAGAAAGAGGUAGCAGAAGCUGCUGCGAAGGGCACUGAACCUAGCCCUGCAACAGAGAUUUCAACAUCAGGCCCGGAAGUUCCAAAGGAAGUACCACAAGAAACUGAACAGCCUAGUUUGCCAGAGGAACAGAGUACUGAGACAUCGUCUACCGAAGUUCCACCGACAAAAGAGUCUUCUGAAGAAGAAGAGUUACCGACAAAGAGACUGACUUACGAAGAAUCUGGAGAAACCUCUUCCGAAGAAGUGAACGAUUCAAGCGAAGAAAUUACUGCUUCCAAACAGAAACCAGCUGAAGGAACCGAGAAAGCACCUGAAGAACAUGUAUCUGAAACAUCGGUUCCAACUCCAGCUGAAAUACCUGUAACAGAAGAAUAUCCAACUGAGCAACCAGCUGUCGAAGAACAAACCGUAGAAACUGAGAAAGUAAGUACAGAAGGUGUACCAAUGGCACCUACAGAAGUCAACGAAGUUCCGGAGGAGAAACCUGCUACAGAACAAGAAGAACAAGGUACUGUUGCGCCGGGAGUAGCUUUGCCAAGCGAAAAGCCUGGUAUUAGUUCGGGAGCUCCUGAAGAACAGGCUACUGAGAAACCAAUUACUGAAGAGGAAGCUCCAGUUACUAAGCAAGCUGAGGACGAAACAAUAAGUAUAACACAAAUACCCCCCGGCGAAGGUGAACGACCUGAAGCAAGUGAGAAACCUGUCUUUGAAGAAAUGCCAAAAGAAACAACGAUUUCAGAACUCGAAGGUUCGCCAGUAACUCAGGAAACGACGGAGGCUGAGGAACCAACGGAAGGCACUCUAACAGUUGAAGGUCACACAACAAUGGAGCCAGAAGAACAGAAACCAGAAGCACCAGAGGCUAGUGAACAACCAGCUCUUGAACAAACUGAAGCACCGAUAACCAAAGAAACAUCGUCUGAAGGAGUAGUGCACGAAGAACAAAAAACGGAGGAGCCAACGAAAGAAGAGGGCCCAACUGAAGGACCAGUGACUCCAUCUCCAUCGACAGAGGAAUCAAUGACUGAAGGAUUAGGAAACGAAGGAACACAAACUCCUAUAGAGGAGCAUCCGCCAACUAAACCUCCUAUUAGUGAACGUAAAGAAGAUGAAAUGGGUGCAGAAAAGCUGCCUGAGGUGGAAAAAGACGUUCAGAAGCCAUCUCUUGAAGAAGAGAAGCCAACUGAAAAGCCUGUAGAAGAAGAAGAAACUGCUGCGCCAGGAGAAGCUCAAAUAACUGAAAGACCUCUUGAAGAUCAUAAACCUGUUGAGAAACGACCAAUCGAGGGACCUGCAGAAGAAGAGCAACAUGCAGAAGAAGAGAAACCAACUGAAGAACCUGUUGAACAAAAACCUGAAGAAGAAGAGAAGCCAAGUGAAAAACCAGAGGAAGAAGGAAAGACAGUGGAAGAGGAGAAAUCAACAGAACGUCCUAUUGAAGAGGAGAAACCAACUGAAGGACCUGUUGCAGAGGAAAAACCAACCGAAGGUCCUAUUGCAGAGGAGAAACCAACUGAAGGACCUGCUGUAGAGGAGAAACCAACUGAAGCGCCUGCUGUAGAGGAGAAACCAACUGAAGCGCCUGCUGUAGAGGAAAAACCAACUGAAGGACCUGCUGCUGAGGAAAAACCAACUGAAGGACCUAUUGCAGAGGAAAAACCAACUGAAGGACCUGUUGCAGAGGAGAAACCAACUGAAGGAGCUGUUGUUGAGGAGAAACCAACUGAAGGUCCUGUUGCAGAGGAAAAACCAACCGAAGAGUCCGUUGCAGAGGAAAAACCAACCGAAGAGUCCGCUGCAGAAGAAAAACCCACUGAAGAGCCUGUUGCAGAAGAGAGACCAACUGAGCAGUCUGUUCCAGAAGGAAAACACACUGAAACACCUGCUACAGAGGAGAAAUCAACUGAAGGACCUGUUGCAGAGGAAAAACCAACUGAAGGACCUAUUGCAGAGGAAAAACCAACUGAAGGACCUGCUGGAGAGGAGAGACCAACUGAAGGACCCGUUGUAGAAGAGAAACCAUCUGAAGGUCCUGGUGCAGAGGAGAAACCAACUGAAGGUCCUGGUGCAGAGGAGAAACCAACUGAAGGACUUGCUGUAGAGGAAAAACCAACUGAAGGACCAGUUGCAGAGGAGAAACCAACUGAAGGACCAGUUGCAGGGGAGAAACCAACUGAAGGACCAGUUGCAGAGGAGAAACCAACUGAAGGACCAGUUGCAGAGGAGAAACCAACUGAAGGACCAGUAGCAGAGGAGAAACCAACUGAAGGACCAGUAGCAGAGGAGAAACCAACUGAAGGUCCUGGUGCAGAGGAGAAACCAACUGAACGUCCUGGUGUAGAGGAGAAACCAACUGAAGGACCUGCUGUAGAGGAGAAGCCAACUGAAGGUCCUGCUAUAGAGGAAAAACCAAGUGAAGGACAUGUUUCAGAGGAGAAACCAACUGAAGGACCUGCUGGAGAGGAAAAACCAACUGAAGGACCUGUUGCAGAAGAAAAACCAAUUGAAGGACCUAUUGCAGAGGAGAAACCAACCGAAGGGCCUGUUGCUGAGGAAAAACCAACCGAAGGACCUAUUGCAGAGGAAAAACCAACCGAAGGACCUAUUGCAGAGGAAAAACCAACUGAAGGACCUGUUGCGGAGGAGAAACCAACCGAAGGGCCUAUUGAAGAGGAGAAACCAACUGAAGGACCUGCCGUAGAGGGAAAACCAACUGAAGAAUCUGUUGCAGAGGAAAAACCAACUGAAGGGCCUAUUGAAGAGGAGAAACCAACUGAAGGGCCUGCUGUAGAGGGAAAACCAACUGAAGGGCCUGUUGCAGGCGAGAAACCAACUGAAGGACCUAUUGCAGAGGAGAAACCAACAGAAGAAUCUGCUGGAGAGGAAAAAUCAACUGAAGGACCUGCUAGAGAGGAAAAACCAACUGAAGGACCUGUUGCAGAGGAGAAACCAACUGAAGGAGCUGUUGUUGAGGAGAAACCAACUGAAGGUCCUGUUGCAGAGGAAAAACCAACCGAAGAGCCUGUUGCAGAAGAAAAACCAACCGAAGGGCCUACUGCAGAGGAAAAACCAACUGAAGGAGCUGUUGUUGAGGAGAAACCAACUGAAGGUCCUGUUGCAGAGGAAAAACCAACUGAAGGAGCUGUUGUUGAGGAGAAACCAACUGAAGGUCCUGUUGCAGAGGAAAAACCAACCGAAGGACCUAUUGCAGAGGAAAAACCAACUGAAGUACCUGUUGUGGAGGAGAAACCAACCGAAGGACCUGUUGCAGAAGAGAAACCAACUGAAGGGCCUGUUGUAGAGGAAAAACCAACCGAAGGUCGUAUUGCAGAGGAGAAACCAACUGAAGGGCCUAUUGCAGAGGAGAAACCAACUGAAGGACCUGUUGCUGAGGAAAAACCAACUGAGGGACCUGUUGCAGAGGAAAUAGCAACUGAAGGGCCUGUUGCAGAGGAGAGACCAACUGAAGGACCUGCUGUAGAGGAGAGACCAACUGAAGGACCUGCUGUAGGGGAGAAACCAACUGAAGGGCUUGCUGUAGAGGAAAAACCAACUGAAGGGCCUGUUGCAGGCGAGAAACCAACUGAAGGACCUAUUUCAGAGGAAAGGGAAACUGAAAAGGCCGUAGAAGAGGAGCCUAGUGAAGUCACUCCUUCUCAGGAGAUUGUACCAAUAUCUGUAGAAAUUCCAACAGAAAGUCCAAUCGGAGAGAAACCUUUUGAAACUCCUGAAACAGCACCUACGGAAGUUCCUAGUGUAGAAGAAACUGCUAGCUCGUCUGCUCCGAAAGAAGUACCUGAAGUAUUGACAGAACUUCCGGAAGAAAGUUCAGAAGCUGCCAUCACCACAGCUACGGUAGAAGUUUCGCACGCCGAGGAAGCACAAACAGAGAGUAGUAUGUCACAAGAGCAAACAACAAAAACUCCCACUAUUCACGAAGCACCUUCUACGGAACCAACUAUACAAGCUUCAGAGCAGCCUACUGAGGAAGAAAAAUUACCAGAAGGAAGCACUCAAGAACCAGAAUUACCUGCUGAAGCAUCAACUGCAGUUACUCUAGGUGAAACACCCGAGCAAGAAGCUAAAGUGCCUGAGGUUGGUAUCAUGACUGAAAUCCCUGAAGUGUCAUCGGUUGAACCCGGAGCUGUUAAGACAACAGCAGCACCACCUGAAGGAACGAAAUUACCAGAAGGGGAGCAGAAAGUAUCUACUCCCGAAGAAGCUCAAACUGAAAUUCCAUCGAAAGAAGAGGGAACGACUCAAGCUUCUCAAAAGAAGGAAUCAGAGGCUCCUAUUACAGAAGAGAAAGUUCCAGGUGUAUCGCUUGUAACACCCAAAGAAGGAGAAAUUCAGGAGACGACACCCUAUGCAGAAAUAGCGCCGAAGGUCACAACUGAACAAAUAGCAGAACAGUCCACUCUAGCUGAAAGACUUCCGGAAAAAGAAUUAUCCACAGAAGCUCCUUAUAUACCAUCAGAAAUUCCAGGAGAAGGCAAUUGUCUCGUCGAAGGACAAUCUUACAGCAACAACUCUAUAAUUCCUCCAGCCAACCCUUGUCAACUUCAAUGUCGUUGCAUCAGUAGCAUCAUUCAAUGCGACCUUGUUCAAUGCCCACCGCCUCCCAAUCAUUUAUCGAACUGCAUGCCAAUUUAUACUAGCAAGGAUGCCUGCUGCCCGAUGUACACCUGUGACUCGACACCUACAGCAGGGUUGGAGUCCGAUAAUCAUAUGAUCGAACACGAAACGCCUAAAUACGAAGAGGAACAGAAAACUGUAUCACCGACAGCUGAAGUUCCAGUGAAGGAAGGCACAACAGAAGCUAUCAAGGAACAUUCGACUAUGGCACCAGAAAUGCACAUAUCCGGUGAAGAAACGACUGAACAGACAUAUGCACCUGGUUUCUCCGAAGAAAAGCAAACGACGCCGAAAUCUGCAGAACCUGAACACGUACAAACGUCUACCGUUGGAGAAGCUGCCAAAGAAUCUGAAGAACAAACUCUUAGUCCAGUAUCUCCACAGAUAGAGUCUUCUAGUCAAAUACCUCCAGAGGAAGCGAAAGAAACUUCACCAGAAAUAUUAAGCACUUCUAUGAAAAUCCCAGAGGAGCAGGUAACCAAGAUUCCAUCUACGGAACAACCAAUCGAAGGGCAGGCUCCUGAAAAGCAACCUUCAAGUACUGCUGUGAGUGGGGAACAGACAAUUAUAACGACAGAAGGAGUCCAAGAAGAACAAACUACUGUUGGAAUUGAAAAGGAAGCUUCUACCACGAUAAGGCCAACAGCUGAACAACCAUCCAUUCCAUCUGCUGAAGAAGGAGAAAAAUCUGUAGAAGGCGAAGAACAAAUAACUGUUUCACCUGCAGUUUCAGAAGAAGGUAUAAGCAAGGAACCUGAAGUUCCAAGCUCUUCCAUAUUGCCAGAGGUUGCAGUGACGGAAGGUGAACCUUCAGUGAAUGUUGAAACUCAAGGACCACUAGAAGAAGGCACUACUGUGGGCCCAGAAUCGGUAACACAGCCUGAAAAAGGAGUAAAGGAAACUAAGCCAGCUGAAGAGGAAAAACCUGCUCAACCUGAACAGCCUACUACAGAAGGUGGAUUACAGACAGCCCAACCUGGUGAAGCAGAAUAUGAAAGAACAUCCAUACCACCUGUUGAAGUGUCUACUUCACAAGAAGGUGCAACAGCAGGCGAAGAACAUGAAGUGACUCAUGUGGAACAGGGAACUGUUAAACCAACUGAAGGUGAAACACCCGUAACGGCAGAAAUGGAAAUGACUGCACCUAAUGUGACUAAAGAAGGACCAAGUAGCACAGAAGCACUCGGAGAAGGAAUAACCUCACCAUCAAUGGGUGCAGAAACUACAAAGGAACCAGAAACUGUUUCAGAAACUACUCCAGAAGAAGAACAUGCCGCACCCGAAAGAACUGAACAAACUUUGAUACCUACUACUUUAGCAGAAGACGGAAUUAAGGAAACCGUAGUUAAGAUGACUACGACAACACCCGAAGAACAACCUGUGAAGGUACCCGAGGAACAGUUACCAAGUUCUACCGAAGCUGCUGAGGUAAGCACUCAGCAACCCUCGACAUCCACUGAAACGGAGGAAACGGUAGAAAAAGAGGGGGUCACUGAGGAACAACUAAAUAUCGUUAAAAUGAAACCUGAACAGGAAACUACACCACCACCUAAGGAGCAACAACCUGAAGUAAUACCAGCAGUGGAAGAAACAGCAGAAUCUGUUUCACCAGUUGCAGAGGAAACUACACCAUCGUCGGAAGCUACGCAAUCUCCUGUAUCUCAGGAAACUAUUACAGAAGCAACACCCGAGGCUAGUACCGUGAGAGCAGCUCCUGAAUUGACUUCUCCUCAAACACAAACCGAACAACCUUCAGUGGAGAAGGAAACUGGGGCACCUGCUACUGAAGAAGUGGUUACAGAAGGAAUUAAGGAACACCCUAUUGAACCAGAGGAGCAACCGGGUACUGAGAAAACAAUUAUAGCUCCCGUUGAAGGUAAAGUGCCUGAAAUUACAGCACCAACUGAAGUUCCAGAAGAAGUAACAAAGAAAGAAGAGCAAGUGACAGAAUCUGUAGUACCAUCUGAGGAAACUACAAUGCCAGUUGUAACUGUGGGAGAGCAGAAACCUAAAGAGGGAACUGAGGCACCCGCAGAAACGACCAAAAUGCCUGAUAUGGUAGAUGAAGGAAUUACAGCUACAAGAAAAGAACAACCUAGUGCAACACUACCUCCAGUUGUGGAAAUCAGUUCCACAGUAGCACCAGAAGAAAUUCCAAUUUCACCAGAACAGACAACGGAAGGGCAGAAACCUCUAUCAGAAGGCGAAGGUGUAACAGAAGAGAAGGCUACGACUGUGCCAAGUGAAAUGGGUUCAACUCCUGAAGAACAAUCUUCUGUGAUAGAAGAAAAACCGGAAGAAGAAAUGCCAGAAAUUACGCAGAAGACUGAAGUACCAUCUGUGGAAGAAGCAACAGGCAAACCAGUGGAAGAAACAGCAACGGGAAAACCAGUCGAAGAAGCAGCAACAGGCAAACCAGUUGAAGAAGCAGCAACAGGAAAACCAGUUGAAGAAGAAGUAACAGGCAAAACAGUAGAAGAAGAAGCAACAGGUAAACCAGUCGAAGAAGAAGCAACAGGCAAACCAGUCGAAGAAGAAGCAACAGGCAAACCAGCGGAAGAAGUAGCAACAGGAAAACCAGUGGAAGAAGAACAGACGCAUGUUGAAGAGCAAACAACUCCAGUAGAGGAAGUCGUAAAGGUAACUGAAGCUGUUUCUAAGGCACCUGCAGAGGCUAGUUCUACUGAAAUACCAGUGAAGAUAGCGACUGAAGAAACAACAGAAGAAGGAUUAUCUGUGAUACCAGAAAAAGCACUUCCUACCGAAAGACCUGUGCAAGCUACCGAAGAACCAGUGCAAGCUACCGAAGGACCAGUGCAAGCUACCGAAGGACCAGUGCAAGCUACUGAAGGUCCUCUUCAAGCACAUGAGGAAGAAUAUUCGACCGAAGCUCCCGAAAACAUAACUCCUGCAGAAGAGGUUCCGACGCCAGAAGUUCCAGAGAAAGAGAUUCCAACUGCAGUACCAGAAGAAGCAAUUACUACGGAGACAGCAGAGAAGGAACUUCCUAGCGAAGUUUCAGAGGAAGCUCAUCCUACCAAAGCACCAGAAGAGGUUCUUCCAGAAAAGGAGAAACCGACCGAGACAACAGAUGGUCUUCCUGAAGAAGAGAAGCCUGGCGAGGUAACUGAAAAGACUCUUUUUGAAGAAAAGACACCUGCUGAAGUAACUGAGGUGAUUCCUGAAGAAGGAAAGCCAGUCGAAGCUGAACAGCAAACAGUUGAAUCCGAAAAAGAAGUUCCUCAAACUACUGAAAGUAUUUCAUUCAAAGAACAAUUACCUGAAUUAGCAUCAAAUUUGACUAAAACUCCUCAAGUUGAAGAACAGACAACUAAGCUUCCUAUCACUGCCGGAGAAGAAUUAUCGCAGUCAACGACACCAGUAGCUGAAGCUGAAGCAACGUCUCCUCAAGAAGGAGAAGUUCCAGUGUCUCCAGCUGAAGCUACGGAAGCUACAACAAAGGAAGCUGAACCAAGUCAACCUUCAGAGGAAACACAGCCUGCCGUAACGGAAACACAGGCUGCUGUAACAGAAGCACAGCCUGCUGUAACAGAAGCACAGCCUGCUGUAACAGAAGCACAGCCUGCGGUAACAGAAGCACAACCUGCUGUAACAGAAGCACAGCCUGCGGUAACAGAAGCACAGCCUGCGGUAACAGAAGCACAGCCUGCGGUAACAGAAGCACAGCCUGCGGUAACAGAAGCACAGCCUGCGGUAACAGAAGCACAGCCUGCGGUAACAGAAGCACAGCCUGCGGUAACAGAAGCACAGCCUGCGGUAACAGAAGCACAGCCUGCGGUAACAGAAGCACAGCCUGCGGUAACAGAAGCACAGCCUGCGGUAACAGAAGCACAGCCUGCUGUAACAGAAGCACAGCCUGCUGUAACAGAAGCACAGCCUGCUGUAACAGAAGCACAACCUGCUGUAACAGAAGCACAACCUGCUGUAACAGAAGCACAACCUGCUGUAACAGAAGCACAGCCUGACAUUUCAGAAGCACAACCUACUACCAAACCAGCAAUUGAAACUUCAACACAAGGAGCAGAAGAACACCCAGGAACUGAAAAGACUCCUGAGGAAGAGCACGCAGUUCCAGUGUCAACGGAACAGCCUCAAGAAAAGAGUACAAUUGAACCAACGCUUUCUGAAGAGCACAAAAAAGGAGAACCUCACGAGCUGCCAACGGAACCAUCAGUUGAAUCAGCCGAGGAAGAAGAAGAAGAGGUAGAAGAAGCUGCAUUGCCAGAAGCACCCUCGACAACCGAGAAAGAAGAGCCAUCUGAAGGUCAACUGCCAAGUGGAUUUGACGAGCAUCUUCCACCAGUGAAUCACACAUUUGAAACCACUGAACGACCUGUACAACCAACUAUAUACGAACGACCUACGAGUACUCUAGCUCCGCAAGUUCCUGAAUAUCCUGAUCAAUCGGUAACUGGAGAAGACAAUCCACACUUCCCUACACAUGGUGGCAGUUACUUGAGUCCCGAUGAAGAUUACGACGAAGAUGAUCAAGCUAUUUACGGACCAGGAACUUGCCGAUAUGGCGGCAAAGUUUAUGUGUCGGCGCAGCAAAUUCCAAGAGAUGAUCCAUGCGACUUCUGCUUCUGCUUCAGAAGCGACAUCAUUUGUCUGCAACAAAGCUGUCCACCGCCGAUCCCAGGUUGUCACGAGGAACCGAUCAGUGGAUUCUGUUGUCCAAGAUACGAGUGUCCUGUGUCAAUGGCCACGUCGCUUAAUAUCACCACAACGACGACCACGACGACGACCACGUUGCCGCCGCACUUCCACGCUCAUGCAUAUAAGGGAGCUGCGAAACGAAGCGGCUGUCAAAUUCGCGGACAAGCGUAUCGUGUUGGAGAAGUUAUUAGGUCCGCGUCAGGACCUUGCCUUCAGUGCACUUGCGGUGGUGAUGGCAACAUGAAAUGUGAUCCACGAGUGUGUAGUCCGGAGCCGAUGUUGAGGCAAAUGAUCGCAGCGGCUACGGCCAGAAGGAGGAGAUGAGCCGACCAACACGAUCCCGGGGAUCCGUCGAAUAAACAUACGCACAAGGAAGUCUAGAGCAGGAUCAGUGUUGUAUAAAAGUGAAUUAAAAAUAUUCUAAACUAUCUAAAUGUCGCGGAAACACAGACUGUAAUGUGCUUCGGCGAUCACGAACUGAGUGGCCAAAACCGUAAACGUUUAUAUUAUAAUAUUAUAUUAUGUUAUAUAAAGAGAAAAAAAAGAGAGGAAGAAUGAGAUAGAGAUAGGAAUAGAGAACGAGAGAGAGAGUGAGAGAGAGCGCGAGAGAGGGAGAGAUCGAUGAGCACGUGUAAUGGAAGGGACUAAAGGAACAAAAAAGAAAGAAACGAAGAAUUUAGCUAUGUAAAACAAGGCUCGUUUUUAGUGCCAAACGUGAAACAGAAACAAGUAAACCAGUGGAACGAAAAGGGAUAUUAGUGGAGAAAUAUUUCGUGAUAGUUCCAUGUCUUACGCCAUUAUCUUUUUUCUUUUUUUUUUACACGUAAAAACGAUGGUUAUAAAGGAAGAGAAAAAGCGAUUAAUGAAAAAAAAGUUGCUGAACGUACGAGACUUAUGACUGUGCCUUCGUCAGUGCCGACAACAGCGGCACUAAACUUUCGUUCCGUGACAGCCAGACACGGCGCUAAUUUUAGCCACGAUCAUCGUCGUUGAAGCUUGAUAUUCUCGAGGAAUCGUCGUUAGGAAUUAAAUGUGGUGAUGGGAUACAAACGUUUAAAACGAUAAAUGCGUUUCAGUCGAACGCGACCAAAAAAAGAAAUAAAUAGAUAAAAAAGCGAAGAAAAUAUACGAACCUUGGUACAUACGAAACGAUUUCCUAUACAGUGACAUUGUAACAGCAAUAUCAGAGAUUGUACGAGGGAUAACCACGAGAUCUUUUUCUUAGCGUGAAGCCUUGUUGAUUUCCCGCGUACGAUCGAAUGCGUGAGAAUUCGAUUCACGCGACAAGAAAUGUAAGCGCCACGUAGCACAUUGCUCUUGUAAUACCACUGUAGAAACUUGAACAACGAUGAUCCACGGCGAUCUGCCGUACGAUCGCGAUAGAUCCAAAUCGUUUCAUGGCUGACACGCGUCGUGCGCUAACGAUCAGUCCACAUCUACUCACGUCUGCUGACGUUCACGCGUGUUCGAAUGCGAUCGACAAGAUACUAGAAAUAUCAACGCCGCAGAUCCAUGACAAACUGCCCAGUCAAUAAUUUCUUCCAACUAUUUUUUACGCAACAACAUUCCUCUAUAGAAUUUUUAUAAUAUCCUUCGUCUUCCUAUAAAUCACGAACGCGAUAAUACACCGAAUGUAUUAAGUUGGUGGAAAAGACGUAUUAAAAUUAUAAAAUCCACUAAGCAUUCAAAUUUAAACGCAUCCUGUCAACUGAAAAUUAUUUCUUACGACAUAUUUGAAAAUGUUUCUACAAUAUGCAUGUAAUUUAGAAUAUAGAUUCCAAACAUACGUAACUUGUUAUUCUUUUGAUACAUAAAUUUGAGAUAUCAUUUUAUAAUGUUUAGAGUUUAAGAUUCAAGGCGACGUCAGUCAUUGUUUAAUAUGUCGAUUCCACCAAUUACACAUACGAGUAAAUUCCUUUCCUUAUCGCGAUAGAUCCGUGUAAUAAGCUAAGAUCGUAUUCAAGCACGCGCGCCUGUAUGUGUGCGUGCGUCUGUGUGCAUGGUACAUUUAUAUGUUUUAAAGAUAAAAUGAAAAGAAAGAAAAAGCCACAAAGACAAGACGAAAGGUACGCGUAUCUCAAAGCUCAAACAGCGGCUCGCGCGGAGGACCGAACGCGAAUUUGCUUCUCCGGCGAGCUGGCGUCAUUAUACAUAUAUAUAUAAAUAUAUAUAUAAAUAUAAAUAUAUACAUUUAUACGAUUCUUUAUACACACUGUACCCCCUAAAAUAAUAACACUUAACGAUGUUCUAUACGUUUGUAUGAAAGCAUAUUAAUUAUAUCUAUACGAUGAUCGUUCUUCGUUCUCUAGUCUCAAAGUGUCACGGGGAUUGUGGUUCUACGAUAUAACGUGUCCACCACUUCACUCCUGCGAUUUAUCCGUAAACAGUCAAUUAGAAUUUGAUACCCAUUUUACUAAGCCAUACCGCGUGGAAAACACCCGAGGAACAAGCGGAAAGUGUUCGUUCACGUAUACAAGGAGUCGAAUGUGAAACACAUUGUCAGAAACGCUUUGAGACUCUGGAACUUGGGGCCAUUUAGGUGUAAUAGAACGAACGCUAUUAUUAUCGCAGAAAGUACCGCGCAAGAUAGCUGUCCCUGUAAUUUAUAAUACGAACGAUAGACCACACGUAUUAAAGUUCUGUCUUCCUGAAAAAAUUCUGUCUUCAAGCGAAUCCCGUCGAAUGCUUUUCUGUAUAUGCGUUCGUUAAUUUAGCUCGUAAUUUCCGCGGACAAACGAACGUGAAACAUUCGCGAAUAAAGGCGGUUUGAAAAACACGAGUAUGAAUAGGGAAGAAAUUUCUGCCGGAAGGAAUUAGGAGAACGUAGUGUAACCAUAGUGCUUCCAAUGGCAACUCGAUCGUGAUAUAAAUGGCCAUAUUAUUACUGUCACUGUCUCGAAGAUUAUCUUUACAUACGUAAACACAUCCGAUAAUAAAGUUAAAAUACAUAGAA